UACCUGUAAACAAAACUAACAAAAAAUGGCGCAGGCAGCUUUUAAAACUUGUGAAAUUUGUGUUUCAAGUCCUGGACAUAACUACUGUGAACAGUGUGACCAGUUGUUUUGUGAUGGAUGUAAAAUAUCUCAUUAACGGACAAAAAUGACAAAGAAUCACACAUUUUUGAGUGGCUCUAACAUUAACCCGGAAGUUAAACAAUACUGUAACGAACAUGAUGAAAACUUUAUAUAUUACUGCAUGGAAUGUGAUACACUAAUAUGUAAAAUAUGUGUUAUUGAAAAUCAUAAAAAGCAUGAUUUAUGUGAAAUUAACACAUCAACUGAAAUAAACAAAGCUGAGAUCGAGAGCGAAAUAAAUAUAAAGCUGAACAAACUUAACACAAAUAUAAUGGGUAUCGAACAAGGAACAAAUGCAUAUCAGUGUGAUGUCGAUGGAGUCAUGCAUGCCAUAAGAAAAGAAGGCAUACGGUUGAAAGAGCUUAUUGAUACACAAGUUGAAGAUCUUAUCAGAUCAGUGAAAGAGCAACACACAACGCAACUUCAAACCUUACAGUCUAUUGGUAAUGCAUUUAAGACUGAUUUGAAUAAGGUAAAGGAGCAGCACAGGAUCUAUCAAGAGGCACAACAGAUAACAGAAACGUCGGCUUUGCUUCUAAAACUGAAAGAAAUAAAGUCACAAAUCGCUACUGUAGAAUUAAAGCAGCUUACUGUCAUGCCAUCGGUAAAAUAUGUAAAAAACAGGGCACCAAGAAGUGAAAUAAAGAAACUGAUUGGAGAUUUAACAUUUGGAGAAACGGGAAAGAGAGAAGAAAACCCGAAACUACAGGAAAAUGAUAGAGACACUUCACCAAGAAGACAACACAGAUACAGAUGCUACAAUUGCAAGACAGAAAUUGUUUCUGGGUGAGUAUUCCUGUUUGUAUGAAUUAACGAUAAAAAUACAGUGAAUGAGAUUGCCUUAUGGCAAAAAAUAUUGACAUAUGAUAUAUUCAAAUGAACAUGGAAAAAUAUAAUUUUAUUAUUGGCAUAAUGGUUUA